AUGGCCGACGAGCCACUUGUACCGCCUGUGAUCGACGGUGCCGAGCUCAUUGGCAAUUCCAGUGCUGAUUUUCCCGUCAUCGAAGCUGAGCCCGAGGAGGAGCUCAACUUGCCCCUCGACACGGCCGAACAGCAGCGACUGAUGGUCGUCGACGGGGACGACGGCCGCCCACCACCAAACGGCCCUCCACUUACAUGUCCAGCACGUCCUGGCUUGCAACGAGGUGAUUCAGUCCCUACGCCGGCGCCACAGCACCUUCCGCCUCCUGCACCACCCGCACCCCCGCCUGAUACCCCGCACAACGAUUCGUUGUCGCUCGCACAGCUCCAGAAGCUCGUCAGAGGCGGCCAACUCAAGGUCGAGCCUACGCCAUAUGCCUUCACUUAUGAUGACGCCUCGUCGUUUGAAGAAGAGCUGGAAGAAUGGUUUUCAUACGCCGUGGAAGAGCAGGCUAUGCUGCUGAAGACGCAGGCUUCGUUCGCCAUGGAGUGGAGCGCCUUUCAUGGGCUCAACGAUGCACAGAACGGCGAGGACGGUUUGGAUUGGGAAGCAGCAACCGAGACUCAACACCGAGACUUCUUACGACACCUGUUAGACGGGUGCAAACAGGAAGACCCCGUGGCACGACUGAAGAUGCUGGAAGCUUUGGUCUAUGUUCUCCUUGGGUGCUGGCACGAGACUGCAGGUCUACCCAGUCCAAGGGACAGUGAUGAAGAAGUUUCCGAGUCUCAGACAAGUCCAAGUCACCCAAGAAACGCUGCGUACCAGCACGCCGGCAGACAAGUUGCGGUUAUCAAGCGGAACGUCCACCUACUGGCCGCAAACAACGGCGUGAACGUCGUUGUUGACUCCUUACGUUGUGCACUCUUGCGAGAGUGUGGCGAUGUUGACAGCAUGCCUGAACGUCCCCGCGACACUAAGGAAGCGGAAAGGCGCGAGAUAUGGUGUACCAUGACUGCUGUCUACGUGAUUUUGGAAGUGGCCCGCAACGACGAGAGGACACAUGGUGAUCUCACGCUUCGAACAGCCAUUCUGGCGCUGGAGAAGCCAGGCCUUCUCAUAUUCUUCGUAGACGUCAUGGCCAAGCUUAGAUGGGACGAUUCCAUCAACUUGCCACUGACCAAGGUUUCCUUGCUCCUAUGGAAGACGAUGCUCGUCACUUUCGGUGGACUCGGCGAAGUGGCGAAAGCAAAAGAAUUUGUAAAUGAGGAUAGCCUCGAGACUGAGGAUGACAAGGGACAGCCGCUUAUCACUGCCUCGCCACUAGAUUACCACCUCUUCAGACAGGAGAUCAGCUCGAAAUAUCCAGCAUACAACCCUCCGCCCCCACUAUUUCCCCUUGAGCCGGAGAACAAUUCGAUUUUGCCACCUCUGAAGAACCAUCCUAACAGGGUUGCCGGAAACCACGUAUUUGGCUCUGGUUUGGGAGACACAAAUGGCAACAGUACAUCCAUUCUACAUCAGCCUGUCCACAUCGCUACUCCUGCGCCAUCACCUCCACCCUCUCCUGCAGGUCCUGGUGGCAAAGGCGGCAAGAAGCAAAACUAUCAGACAAACCAGAUGUUCCCCUUUUUGUAUCCCCCACUCAACGAAUCAAGCAACAAACUGGGUGGCAAAGGAUCGACCGACUUGCAAGACCUUCUUGUUGGUCGAAAAUGGGAGGGCGCAGAUAUACCAGCAUCCAUCUUAGAAGCGGCGGAGUUGUUUGCCAAGCGUAUGAAGGCCACACGGGCUAUGAAGCAACUAUGGGAAGAACGAGUCGCCUUCAUGAAGUAUGAAAGAGGAUGGACAGGACCGGAUGAUUACCCGGAUAUCGAUCAUCUGUCUCUUGAGCCCGGAGUUUCAGGCCCGGAGAAGCCAUCGCAUCCAACUGGCAGUGUCGAGGAAAGGAUGGGGUUGGUUGAAGAGUUUUACCGCAAUUCGCUGCAUAAUCUUCAGUCUCUAAUCAUAGUUCUGAUCAAGGCGAUCCUUGCGCAUGUUACCGCGCUCGUCACUCAGUCCAAUAAUGCCAAUGGCUUACAGGGCGGCUUCCAAUUCCAAGAGAACACCAAUGGCCCCGCUAUUAGGCCUGACAUGAAUGGACUCAACGGACAUAGCACCACAGGGGCAACAAAUGAGGAGCUGGAUGCCAUGCGAACCCAAGAAGUCUUGGACAAAGCAGUCACUGGCACUCUCAUCUUGAUACUAAAGUGGUUCAAGGUCUCUCACAUCUUGAAGUUCGAAUACAUCACACAGCUGCUUGUUGACUCGAGCUAUGUUCCCCUCAUUCUCAAACUACUGCAGUUGCAAGAAAUAGAACGGCUGGUAAAUUUCAAGAGUGAGCAGGAAGAGCUAAACUUUUUCAACUAUUGCAAGGCUCAUUCCAGGAAUUGGCCGACGGAUGAAGACAUCAGAGACAAAGAAGCCGAACAGCAAGACGGUGACUCUGAUGAAGAUGACGCAGUUCCACCACCGAUACGUCUUUCGCGAAUGGAUUCGAAUGACUCUGGGGUUGAGUCUUCACUUCCCCCUCCGCCUCUACAGCCUCCAGAGGUGGAUGAGCUGGGCUUCCCUACCAAUGAGCUACCAAAAGAGCCAAUCACGAACUUUUCCUGGCGCGCAUUCUUCACCUCGAUCAAUUAUCUGCGGAUCAUGCAGAAGAUCUGCAAGAACAAAGCUCACCGCAAUCUGAUGCUUGUGUCGUACAAGUCCUCGCAGUUUCUUCGUAAGAGUCUCAAGGUACCUCAGCCGGAGCUUCGUCUUUACACGCUCAAGCUUUUCAAAAAUCAAGUUCCGUAUUGCGGUCGUAAGUGGCGACAGUCAAACAUGCGUGUCAUCACAGCAGUCUAUCUGCACUGUCGACCAGAGCUCAGAGACGACUGGUUAGCAGGAAGUGAUGUUGAUGCCGAAGUGGACGAGAGCGUACCUCUUGAGCAAGCUUUGCGGUCCCUCACAUACUGGCACAACCUGAAACGAUACCCGGAAAGUCUUGGUGCCAAACCGGGCAUCCUCGAAGAAGAGCAGGAUUUCUUCCGAAACGAACUUGAAAAGAUGGAUUGGGGAGAAGAGCCGGCGGUGGACGGUGAAAUGGAGCAUGGUUGGCAGGAUCUUCAGGUUGAGGACCAUCUAGAUGACGCCAAUCGCGCUCCUUUCCUCACUCGUCCCCAAUGCCAGAUACAGCAUCGAAGAAGAGAGGCAUCCAAGGGCGGAAGAUUACUGAAACCCACUAUUCGGCGAACAAAUUCUGAGCCACGCCAUACGUGGCCGCAUGUUGCAAGGCAGCGGCGCUCAAAAGACUCGGAUAUUCGCGGCCUGCUCGAGGAACUGGUUGUUGCAUCCUGCCGGGCUGACGCGAGUGACGACGGAGACGGCGAGGCUUCCGAGGGCGGCGGCAAUGACGAGGCUGGCAGUGAAGGUGAAGCCAAUUUUGAAUUGCAAAUGCCCAAUUCCUGGCAGCGAUGUGGACCGAGGAUGCAACUCCGGCGCCAGCAGAUGCAGAGGAGUAAGAGUUUGGGAUCGCCUUGUCGAUCCAGUACGGCGUGA